GCCUGAGCGCGGCGGUGGCGCGGGGGAAGCCGGGCCGGCUCCGCUCCCGAUGCUGCGGUGGCUGAUCGGCGGCGGCCGGGAGCCGCAGGGCCUGGCCGAGAAAUCCUCUGUACAGACAGUUGGUGAAGAACAAACACAGAAUCCUUACACGGAGCUCCUUGUGUUGAAAGGUCAUCAAGAUAUAGUACGAUUUCUAGUGCAAAUAGAUGACUGCAGGUUUGCAUCUGCAGGAGAUGAUGGAAUCGUAUGUCUAUGGAAUGCUCAGACUGGAGAAAAACUUUUUGAACUUCAUGGACACACACACAAAAUUACAGCUAUAGCACCGUUUUCUUCGUCAGAUGCUUUUGAAGAAAAAAGACAUUUGAUUAUAACAGCCUCAGCUGAUAGAACAGUUAUUGUUUGGGACUGCACUAGUGGCAGACAGGUUCAGAAAGUGUCAUGUUUCCAUUCUACUGUAAAGUGUUUGACAGUUCUUCAAAGACUGGAUGUAUGGUUGUCUGGAGGGAGUGAUCUAUGUGUUUGGAACCGAAAAUUAGAUCUCUUGUGUAAGACCAGUCAUCUUACUGAUGCAGGUAUCAGUGCUUUGGUUGAAUUGCCCAAAAACUGUGUUGCAGCAGCUGUAGGCAAAGAGCUAAUAAUUUUUAGGUUGACUGAUUCUAACAAUGAGUCUGAAGGUUGGAAUGUCCUUGAAGUAAAGCGCCUUGUUGACCAUCAGGAUAACAUUUUGUCAUUAGUCAGCGUCAAUGACUUGACUUUUGUGACCGGCUCUCACGUAGGUGAGCUAAUAGUUUGGGAUGCACUUGACUGGACAAAGCAGGCAUCUGAAUGCAACUUCUGGGACUCCUCUGUCCAUCCAGAUGUACAGCCAGAAAUAAAGUUAUCCCAAAGCCCAAAUGAAACUUCAGUUCAACACCUAACGUCUGAUGAGGAGUAUGUGUUUGCUGCUGUUGGGAAAGGCAUAUACGUAUAUAAUCUUCAAAUGAAGUGUGUGAUUGCCUGCCAGAGAACUGCUCACGACUCCUCUGUGCUGCACAUCGAGAAGCUUCCAAACAGGCAGCUGAUCUCCUGCUCAGAAGAUGGCAGUGUGCGCAUUUGGGAACUCAGAGAAAAGCAGCAGCUGCCAGCUGAACCAGUUCCGACAGGGUUUUUCAACAUGUGGGGCUUUGGAAGGGCAAACAAGCAGGCAAAUCAAGCUGCCAAGAAGAUGCAGGAGAAUACACCUAUGUAUUUCUUGGAGCUGGUUGGGGAUUUGAUUGGUCAUUCAUCAGCUGUGCAGAUGUUCCUGUACUUUGGUGAACUGGGAUUGGCUACAUGCUCUGCUGACCACCUCAUUAUUUUGUGGAAGGAUGGUGAACGAGAAUCUAGCCUCCGCAGUUUAACACUAUUUCAAAAAUUGGCACAAAAUGGUGAUUUGCAGCUCAAGCUUUAAAUUGCUUGAAUACAGGCUACAUAUAUGUAAAGUGGAUGUGUGUUAAACCUGAGUGUAAGGUAAUGUCUGAGCUACUGGGAAUCUGACUACCAGUAACGCUUACACUUGAUGUCAUGUACUAUAUUGGAAAUUUUAUUAGUUGCUAUUACUCUUCUGAAAGGAGAAUUUUGCAUGUUGGCUUACUCUGUCAGCAGAAAUGGUGUUCUAUUGAAAGACUGAAGAUAAUUAAAUAGUUUCUAAUGUUGUUCCC